AUGCGUUUCACCACCAUUGCCCUCUUCGCUCUCAGCGCCUUAGCGGUUUCGGCUGCUGAGUGCGGCUAUCCCAAUGGCAACUGCUACGAUAACGACUGCAAUGGGCAGCUGAGCAACGACAAGAUAACCUGUACUUCGGGCCCGUGGAAAGGCUGUCCAUGCGGGUACAACUGCGGCAGUGAUGUGGGACCCUGCGAUGCAAACGAGUGCAAUGGUGUGGCUGGCCGUUGCACGAACAAGUACCUUGGCUGCAACUGCCGCGGAUGA